AUCAACAAAAUAAACAAAGACGGAAGAAAAUUUCUGGCGGAACAUAAUAAUAUUUACACCGUAUAAUCAGUCUUCAAAGCGAAGAUAGAAAUAGUGUCAGGUUUUAGUAAUGGCGAAGAAGCGGGAACGAGAGAUCCCUGAACUGAAAAUUGCUGAUCCUGUGUCAACUAGUCAUGGCCUUGUUGCAGUUUGUGGAAUUGGUAACAAAUUAAUGGUUUAUGGUGGCGCCAGCAAAGCAUGCAAUGAUGCAGAUCACAUAAACCAGAAUCUACAUGCUGGCGGUGGCUUACACGAAGUGAAAUGGGAGAAAGAAAUGGAGGCACCAAUUAUGCGGCGUCUCGUAAACGAGUCCCACAAUAUAUUUGUGUCUUUGCAACAACAAGCUGAGAAGUUGUCCGAUACCGAGUUAAAAGACUACUUAAUAAAAGCCAGUCGUCAUUAUCGUUCUGUUGUGAAGGGUUGUUGCUGGACUUUACAGUAUGAAUCUGAAAAGAUUAUUGAUGAUGAGAUGAAAGCCCACUUUGAAGAUCAACAACAAAUAUUCCAUCUGAUUGAAUUGAUUUGGAGUCUGUGUGAAAUUCUUUACAUUGACACCAUGCCAGGUGCUGCCCCAAUACGCCAGCUACGAGGAUGGAUCAGGUGGCACUUCACAGAAGGCAACCAGUUGGCUACAGAAAUAAUACAGAACGAAAAACCUGAGAACCAUCCACGCUUCUGGGAAGCUAUUUACCGUUUAUUACUCCAAGGAAGUGUUGAUGAGGCACGACAACUGUUUUUGCUCCAUCCAUCCUGUCACAUAGAUAGCUUCACCAGUUUAGAAGAACUAAUGCGUAAAAUGCCUCAGUUAGCUAAUUUUGUAUCUCAGGGUCGAUCUCUGCCAGAAUUUGAAAUGAAAUGGCGACACUGGCGAGAUGAAUGCAGCAGACGCUUAAAGAGUGGAGAUUUCAUCGCUAAUGAACAUUUAGAGAACAUGGCUAAAAUUUUAUGUGGAGAAGAAGCAGUUUUCCACCAAAUGAAAGACUAUUGUGAAACAUGGUUCCAUAUGUUGGUAUCCAAACUAUUUUAUCAAAAUCCUGUUGUAAAGACCAUGGAAUUGCAACAUUAUAUACAGCCUUGCAUCGACAUGUAUCGAGGAGACAACCGAAUGGCUCAGUUGGACAAUAUUCUUAUUGCCUUGUUUGAAUUUGACAUUAACCAAAUGAUUCGCAGCUGCUGCACUUACCUUGACAAUUGGUGGUUCACAGCGCAUCUUGCUGAUCUUCUGACUCACAGUGGUUUCCUAGCACCACAGAAAUUACCGCAAGGUUUGAGUAUGAGAGAAUAUUUACUCCUGGAUUAUGCUUCCAGUUUGAUGUCUCACAAAAGUUUAUGGCCUAUUGGUAUUCACUAUUUUGACUUCUGUCCUGAGUUAGGCAGAGAAUACUUGGAGCUUUACUUAGAACGUAUCCCACUCGAUACUGAGAAGAAAGUCUUGAAAUUGUUGAAUAUUUGUGAAACGAGAGGCUUACAGGAACAUGCUAAAUCUAUUUGCAAAGUAAUGGGUAAAAAAUGCCUCAAGACAAAGCGAGUUGGACAAGCCCUCAGUUGGUUCCUCAAAUCAAAGGAUAGCUCAUACGCUGCUUUACUCUCAGAAAGAAUCCUCGCAGAAUAUUGUGAAACUGGACAAUUCUCCCAUUUGGAUCUUCUGGAAAACCUUGGUACAUCUAUGUUUUUGAGCAGUAAAUUAACUUUUCUAGGUCAGUACCGUGAAUUUCAUAAACUCUACGAGGAAGGAGAAAUCCAGGAAGCUGCUAAUCUCUUGGUAUCAUUGAUCAGUGCAAGGCUGGCUCCAAAGGUUUUCUGGAUCACUCUCCUCUGUGAUGCUUUACCACUCUUAGAAUCUCAGGAAAUGCUUAUCAACAGUCAGCAAACCUAUGAACUGAUGCAUUGUGUUGAGGAAUUAACGAAAGAAAUCAGUCUUAUUGGAGACGACAAUCAAAAGAAAAUGCUGGAAGUUGAGAAGACCAAACUUUACAACGUCCGUUUUGCUCUCAUUCGGAAUUUAGACCGAUCCAUUAUUCUUGAGGGUAGUGUUAAACUAUCCUAACUGUAAAACAAAACAUUUGGAAAAUUCUUAUUCAAAGCCAUUACAUUGUAAAUUAUCGUCAAACUGUUUAUCCAUUUAAUCAUGUUGCAAAAUAAAGCUUUAUAUUAUAAUAUU